CCGCCUCUUUUCCCCUUCUAUCCUCUGACAGUCUCCACUGUCCCAUUUUGUACUCUGUAACUUCCUCCUGCACCUUCUAUGGAGGUCCGCCGUGCGAUUCUCGCCGUCCUCGCCGUGGCGGUGGCUGUUCAGAGUUGUCUGGAUUCAGUUUCCGCGAAGAAGGUUUACAUCGUGCACAUGAAUCACCGGAGCAAGCCGGAGGCUUAUGCUACUCAGAGCGACUGGUACUACGAUAACUUGAAGUUCGUGAGCUCCGCCGCCGACGAAUCGCUUGUUUACACCUAUGAGGCGGCGUACAAUGGCUUCGCCGCCGCUCUGACGGCGGCGGAGGUUGAAUCUCUCCGUCGAACGGAUUCUGUCCUCGGUGUGUAUGAGGAUACAAUGUAUAGCCUUCACACUACUAGGUCGCCGGAGUUCUUAGGGCUUGACGGUGGAAUCGGAGCCUGGGGAAGGCAUGGACUCGAGGAGCUGAAUCAGGCUUCUCAGGAUGUUAUAAUUGGAGUUUUGGAUACAGGAAUUUGGCCGGAAUCGAAAUCGUUUAGCGAUUUGAACAUGCCGGAGGUUCCGGCGCGGUGGCGGGGGGAGUGCGAAGCCGCCGGAGAUUUCGAUCCGAAGAUCCACUGCAACAGGAAGCUAAUCGGUGCGAGAUUCUUCUCCAAAGGAUACAACGUUGCUGCGUCUGAAUCUGGAGGUAAAGAGAUCGAAUCGCCUCGCGACCACGAAGGCCAUGGCACGCACACGGCGAGCACCGCCGCCGGCUCUCCGGUGGCGAACGCCAGCCUCUUCGGCUACGCCGGAGGUAUCGCACGCGGAAUGGCGCCGCGCGCUAGAUUAGCUGCUUAUAGAGUUUGCUGGACUUCAGGUUGCCUCGGAUCUGAUAUCCUCGCCGCCAUGGAUCGCGCUAUUCUCGACGGCGUCGACGUCUUGUCCAUGUCUCUCGGCGGCGGAUCUGCGCCGUACUUCCGCGACACCAUCGCCGUCGGAGCUUUCGCCGCCAUGGAGAGAGGAAUUUUCGUCUCGUGCUCGGCUGGAAACAGCGGACCUGCGAAGGAAUCGAUCUCGAACGUCGCUCCAUGGAUCAUGACCGUCGGCGCCGGCACGAUCGACCGGGACUUCCCUGCCUUCGCAACCUUAGGCAACGGCCGGAGAUUCGCCGGAGUUUCACUGUACAGCGGAAAAGGUAUGGGAACGAAGCCAAUAAGAUUAGUCUACCCUAAAACCAGUACCAAUUCCAGCAACUUCUGCCUAGCCGGAACACUCGGCGCCGCCGCCGUCCGCGGCAAGGUAGUCCUCUGCGACAGAGGAAUCAACUCUCGCGUCGAGAAAGGCGCCGUCGUGCGCGACGCCGGAGGCGUCGCAAUGAUACUCGCGAACACGGCGGAGAACGGCGAGGAGUUAGUCGCCGACAGCCACCUCUUGCCGGCGAUGGCCGUCGGGAGAAAAGUGGGCGACAUUCUCCGGAAAUACGUCGCCACAAACCGCUCUCCGAAAGCCGCCCUGACCUUCGCCGGAACCGUCGUAAACGUAAAACCGUCGCCGGUGGUGGCGGCGUUCAGCUCCCGAGGUCCAAACACAGUCACGCCGGAGAUCCUCAAACCUGACGUCAUCGGUCCCGGCGUUAACAUAUUAGCGUCAUGGUCGCAGUCGGUCGGCCCCUCCGGCCUCUCUAAGGACACCCGAAUCUCGCCGUUCAAUAUCAUCUCCGGAACGUCGAUGUCGUGCCCGCACAUAAGCGGGCUCGCCGCAUUACUCAAGGCUGCACACCCGAAUUGGAGCCCGAGUGCGAUAAAAUCGGCGCUAAUGACGACCGCCUACACCCACGACGUCAGUGGCGCGCCGCUCCGCGACGCCGCCGACAAUUCUGUGUCGACUCCGUGGGUGCAUGGAGCCGGCCACGUCGACCCCCACCGUGCCGUAAACCCCGGCCUUGUCUACGACGCCACGCCGGAGGAUUACGUCGCGUUCCUUUGCUCAUUAGACUACAACCUCCGCACAAUCCGCCUAAUCUCCCGACGCCACAAUGUCACCUGCCCGCGGCCGCGCCUCCGCAGCCCCGGGCAGCUGAACUACCCGUCGUUCUCUGUCGUAUUCCCGAGGUCGUCGCGCGUGGUGCGAUACUCGCGGGAAUUGACGAACGUCGAGGCCGUUAAAUCAGUUUACAAUGUCUCGGUCGAGACGCCUCCAGGCGUGGCUGUGACCAUGAGGCCGUCGACGCUCGUUUUUGGAAAUGUCGGCGAUAAACGGAGGUUUACAGUGACCUUUGUGUCAGGUAGCCGCCGCCCGGCGGCGGCGGCGGCGGCGCCGCCGGAAAGCCGGCGGGCGUUUGGGUCGAUUGUUUGGAGUAAUGGGGAGCAUCAGGUGAGGAGUCCUGUUGCGUUUUCGUGGGCGUAAUGGUAAAGUGUAGUGAAAUUUGGGUUAAAGCGUUUAUGUGAAAUGCUGGUGGUUGUUUGUUUUGUUUUACCAAGGUUUUUAGAUCUAAACGGGAUAAUACAAAUUUAGAGCUUGCUUUAUUAUUAUUAUUAUUAUUUUCAAAAAAUUAAAAAUGUCAUGGAUCUA